AUGGACGAUUCCAAAAGCGUGCGAGCUGUCCCAGCAAAAGAUCCCGCCUCGCCUGAUCGCGACGAAACGGGUGUCAACGAGGCCAAGAACAGAGAAGGAAACACAUCUAAUGGUUUUAAUUCAUCGCCGCCUGGUAUCGCCCGCCUCGAUCCUAUGGACGUGGAUGAGGAACCAUCGAACGGAACGCAUGCCAGUGUAAAUGAUGGCACGAAAAGCGACUCUGAAGCCGAAACGAUCGUGCUUCCCGGGAAAGAUGGCUACUCGCCAUCCAAGAUACGGAAACGCAUCAAGCAUGAGGACCAUAGCGAUGGAGACGAAACCAAGAGUGAGGGAGGUAACCGUAGUCAUGCUGCGCGUGGUAAGGCUGCCCUAGACCUGUUGACUCAAUCACGAUCUGUGUUGGGAGAUAAAUCAGCCGAGCCCAAUGCAGCAGCAACUUCGAUAUCGUCACUGGGCAAAAGGAAACGACCCAAGAACUCGAGUAUAAAAGACGAUCCUGCGCAUCAAGGUAAUUCUAGUGGCUUAAGUUCAGCACCAACCUCACCAGCAGCAACGGGACGCGCUUCAUUAUCAAAACCUGCAGCUUCUGAUUCAGAAGUAUCCAAAUCACCCUCUCCUCGUUCAGGGCCUGGAGCGCGACACCAGGCCAAAUCCGUCGACCGUGUCAUCUCCCGCGGUAAGAACCAUGCGUCGUAUUCUGGCGAUGAAGAGGCUGGUGGACGACUCGAAGUGAGGCAACGUGAAAAGUCGAGGUUGAGUACAGAUACAAACUCGCGAAAACGUACAAGGUCGGAUUCGCCGCCUCGGGGGGCAGGACAUCGUCGAAGUGUCUCGAGCCAGGUCUCCUCCAAAAACACCCAUAGCUUAAGUAGCAAGAAGAAGCGUAUUCCAGCUCCUCUACAGUCCACCGAGUAUCAUUCCGACGAAUCCUCCGAAAGUGCAACUCCCCAUCCUCGAAGCUCACGCCCAUUGCGAAACAUCCCGGCACCUCCCACGGGCGACUCUACGAUAUCUCCUGUCAAAUUAGGACCGCAUAAGAAACAUGUUAACUCGUCUGGCCAAACCCUUCUAGCACGUGCAUGUCUUAGUGGUAAAGUGGAUGGUGCGAUACAGAGAUAUACAGAAAGACCACAGGAUUUGAAUGAACCGGACCAUGCCCUAAAUACACCACUACAUGUUGCUAGUAUCAAUGGCUAUACCGAUGUUGUCAAGUUUUUAUUAGAGCAGAAUUGCACCGUCGAUGUUACAAAUGAUCAGAAGGAUACACCACUUCAUGAUGCAAUUGAGAAUGGACAUGUCGAGGUUGUUAGAUUGCUUCUUGACGCGGGAGCUAAUCCCAACAAGCCCAACCGUCAUGGCGAUGAGCCCCUCGAUCUUGUAACUGAGAUGGAAAAAGGAGAUGAUUACGACGAAGAGGAAGCCAAUCAAAUAAGACUGGCCAUAACAGAAGCCAAAAAGACCAAUCGAGAUGCCCGGAGAUUAUCAGAAGACGAACCCUCAAUGGAAAAUUCAGAAAAUCGCAAUUUUCAUGAGAAGGAUGGUCCCCGUAACAGCCCGUCGGUUCCAGCACAGGAACCACACGCCAGUCGGAGAGGAAACGCUAGGUCGAUCAAAACUAGUGACGCUCUACUUUACCAGCGCCUUGAUGUGAACGAACUUCGAAAAGCUGCUAAGGAAGGUGACGUAAACGCUGCGGCGCGUGUAUUGGAAGUCCAUCCCCACCUGAACGAUACUAAGUCUCUGCUUCUCGCGACAAAAGGUGGUCAUCUUGAUGUCGUCAACAUUCUUUUGGGUUUGGGUCCUAAUUUUGAUCCGGAUCCCGACCCCGAUGAGGAGCAAGCUACCCCAUUUCUUACAGCCAUUGGGCGAGAAUCACAUCUCAGCAUUAUUGAAUUAUUUCUUAGCCAGGACAAGUUUAACCCUACCCGAACUUUUGGAGGCCAGACUUAUUUUGAGAUUGCGAAGGCUCGCGCGGGGCCAAGGUGGCAGGAAGAGGAAAAGCUUUUGAAAGAUGCUUUCGAAAGAUAUGAAAAAUCACACAAGUCAUCAACGGGCAAAUUACGUUCUCCUAAGCUCCAGCGGGAGGCGGAUAAAGAAGCCAAACGCUUGCCCCGAAAAGAUGAUCAUAAUCGACCACACAAACGGACCAUUUCGAGCCCCAGAGCGAAAGAUCAUGAAACGAGCAAGAGUAGCCACCACCGAAGUGCUUCCAGUGUCACAAGUAGGGAUGGAUCUGUCCAGGCAAAGCGAGGUCCUGGGCGACCAAGGAAAGAGGAAAGCACGCCGUCAAUUGUAGUGUCAGACCCGGAAAGUACUCCACUUGGUCCCCCAAAGCUAAAACCUCAAAAACGAUCGGAAUCUGAAGUUGGUCUAGCCUCAGAAACGGAGACGGCUACUACAAACAAACCUCGGCGCAAACUUAUCACUGGACACGAACGGGAGCGUGAACGAGAAGAAAAACGGAGUCGCUCAAGCCAGGGCAGCUCAUCGACAUCCAGUGUUUCCAUGAAAGAGAAACGAGCAACCGGGGAAUCUCAUGGAGACAGAGCUGAGGGGCGAGUGAGCCCCAGCCUUCAACGACCUGGAAAGAAGGCGACUUCCAAUCACCACGAGCCAGAGCCAUCGGACAAAAUCUCAUUGGAUAAAGAGAGGUCCCGACCAACCAAAAGAGAUGACUCGAAGGAUAGACUUAGUAGCAUUCGCGGCGAAAGUCCCAUGAAAAGGCCCAGGAAGAGUGAAACACCACCUCGAUCCAGUCUACAAGAAGUCGCAGCAGGAUAUGGCACAGGAGGAGGGCCAUUGAAGAAAAGGAAGCUUGAAGGCGACGCGGCUACUGAUACGAAAUCGGAAAAUCCAACAAUGUCAUCGUCAAAUAUUCGUUCUUCCUCCGUAAAAAAUGCGCCUCCACAUGACGCCAAGGAAAGAUCAGGCUUAGAUGCUAAGUCUAAAGCUUCACAUUCUGCCAAGAAGCAAGUCGUAGCUGGAGAAGAAGGCAAACAAUCAACCCCAAUCGAUACAGAGGCGCAUAACCGUCCUGGAAAAUCGAACAACCAUGGCGCCGACACUGGUGACUCGCAUCCCAAGAAGCACAAGCCAACCAGCACAAGUCAGGUAGAAGCCGCUGAAAAGGAGCGAGAGAAAGAGAAUGCACGAGCGUUGAAAAGGAAAGAAGAGGAAGCAACGCGUGAAGCAGAAGCACAGCGAGAAAAGUCAGCAGUACGUGAGGCGGAGGCUAAGCGAGAGGAAGAAUUGAGGCAAGAAGAAGCCCGAAGGGCUGAGGCAAAACGUAAGGAGGAGGAGGAGGAAGCUGCUCGACUGAAGCUAGCUGCUGAAGAAUUGGAGCGAGAACGCAACGAGAAAGCAGAAAAGGCUCGUUUAGCUCAUGAGGAAGCCGCUCGCCAGGAAGAGCUGAGACGCCAAAACGAGGAAGCAGAAAAGAAGAGAAUCCAGGAACUAAAAGAAGCCGAGGAGCAGCAGCUUCGAACCCUCUAUCAAGAGCAAGAAAGAAAAAAGCGUGAAGACUCAGACCGUAUAAAGGCGGCUGCUCAAGAACGUGAGCGAAUCGAACGGGCCAAGAUGGAGGAGCAGAAACGGCUCGAAAGGCUCUCGAAGCUCCCUUGCUUACUCCAAUGGUUCGACUGUGUGGAGAACGCGCAACAAUUUUCACAUAUGUUCAGAUGGAUCGACGGUUACCGUUAUGACUCUAUUCGACCGGAAGCCAUCGGCCAGGAAAACGGACGGGAACAGUGGAUGCUCAACACUCAUGUUGCGCUACUCUUGGGAGAGAAAGAUCUCAGUUUGACAAGAUGUAAGUCUUCUCCUACGCCAUCCAAACCACCCACCACACACUUACAGACUAAUAGACACUGCUUGGGAACGAAUCCCGCUUUGGCGUGACGCCAAGAGAGCAUUGUGGAAAGUUUGCGGCCCUUUAUAUACACUUCAGGGCGACUCUUGCGGACUCCUCAAGAAGCAAAUGACACCACCUAAGGAUCCGCUGCAUAAUUUUAGCGAACACAACGGACCGCUCUUUUUUGAUAUGGAUUUAUUCUUUGUGAAGGUAUAUAAUGUUACCCCUUUUUGCGAUAAAUACAUCUAACAUGAAGCCUAGGUUUCCGAGUUCAUGUUCAUUGUACCGAGUUUCCCUCACCUUCGCAAUCUAGAAAUGCUCGUGAGCUACAGAGAGCUGGAUACCACAUUCAAACACCCUCCACCGACUCCCAGAUUUAUGGAAGAUCCCGAUUAUGAUCAGAAUGAUUCGAAGCAGAAGUUCAUCCCUCAGCCGAAAAUAUACAAAAACGGUCUGUUUUUCAAGCAGCGGGAUGUGCUCAUGGCUAAACUUUCAUACCAACCUCCUUCUGAUGAUAAACGAGUUCCUCGGCGAGAGCUGGUUCCCGUAGCUCCGCACGAGCCAGAUUAUGAGAAGUUAUGCAGAAAGCAAGGAAUAAUCCCAAAAGCGUCACACCAAAAUGGGAUCACGCCCCCGGGUUCCGAUCGAACCAAAUCUGUCAAUGGCGGAAGCCCUCUUUCUGGUUCCGCGCUGGACCACCAACAUAACGGAGUUAUUGAUCAUAGCGCCUCUCCCAUUGCCGAAAAGGCUUCUGGUUCAACUGAACUCCCUAGCAUGCUCUCCUGA